UGCAGCAGUAGCUGAGGUUCCAACACAUCAAGCCUCGUCCCUCUUCUCUCUCUACGAGCUUAGGACGAUGGAUCACGCGGCCGACGCGCACCGGACGGACUUGAUGACGAUCACCAGGCACGUGCUGAACGAACAGUCGAAGCACCCCGAGUCGAAGGGCGACUUCACCAUCCUCCUCUCCCACAUCGUCCUCGGCUGCAAGUUCGUCUGCUCCGCCGUCAACAAGGUCCUCCUCUUCCUCUUCCCCUCCACCAUUGCGUCUCCUAUUGCUAUCUCCACUUCGAUUCCACCUUGUUUGUUCUCACAGGCUGGCCUCGCCAAACUCAUAGGACUCGCAGGAGAGACGAACGUCCAGGGUGAAGAACAGAAGAAGCUGGACGUGCUCUCCAACCAAGUCUUCGUCAAGGCUUUGAUCAGCAGCGGUCGCACAUGUGUUCUUGUGUCAGAAGAGGAUGAGGAAGCCACCUUUGUGGAUCCAUCACUGCGUGGAAAGUACUGCGUCGUCUUCGAUCCCCUGGACGGUUCCUCUAACAUUGACUGUGGCGUCUCCAUUGGAACAAUUUUUGGCAUUUACAUGGUUAAAGAUAAGGAUAAUGUGAGCCUUGAUGAUGUGUUGCAACCAGGGAAGCAUAUGGUAGCAGCUGGCUACUGCAUGUACGGCAGUUCUUGCACUCUUGUGUUAAGCACCGGGAACGGUGUCAAUGGUUUCACUCUCGAUCCAUCUCUUGGAGAGUUCAUGCUCACCCAUCCGGACAUUAAGAUACCCAAGAGAGGCAAAUUGUACUCAGUGAACGAAGGAAAUGCCAAGAACUGGGAUACUCCUACAGCAAAGUUUGUGGAGAAAUGCAAGUUCCCAAAGGAUGGUUCAUCACCAAAAUCUCUGAGAUACAUUGGAAGUAUGGUUGCUGAUGUCCAUCGAACACUGCUGUAUGGAGGCAUCUUUUUGUACCCUGCAGAUAAGCAAAGUCCUAAUGGAAAACUACGUGUUCUGUAUGAGGUCUUUCCAAUGUCAUUCUUGAUGGAACAAGCAGGAGGUCAAGCAUUCACAGGAGAACAACGGGCCCUUGAUUUGGUUCCCACCGAGAUUCAUCAGAGGUCUCCAGUAUUUCUUGGCAGCUAUGAUGAUGUUGAGGAAAUUAAAGCUCUCUAUGCUGCCGAAGAGAAGAAAGCAUGAUCAACACACAUCAAACUCCAUCAUGCUUGUAUUCCCUGCUCAUAGUCCUCUCACACAGAACUAUGGUGUUGAACUUGUAUUCCCUGUAUACAAGAUGCUCUUCUCCCACAAAAAUGGUGUCUCCACUAUUGAUCCUGAGAUGCUUAGGAUGUGUAUGUGCUUAGAAGCGUGUAUCGGUUGCCUCACCUGGGCAGCAUCCCUGCUUUCAACGUGAUGAUUGAGAGAGCGCACAGAUAUCUGAAACUUCUCGCUGUAAAUGUACGUGUAGCUGAGGUAUAUUUCAAGGACCAGAAGAUAAAGAAGCAUUACAUGA